CCACCGGAUGUAAUUGGGUAUAUUGUUUCUUCCUUGUAGGUGCUAGCAGGAAAAGGCGCAGCUAGUAAACAGCUGAAGAAAGGCUGUCGGUGAGGUUUAAAGCUGUGAAACACCGAGCUAACAGAGCUUCUGUGUUAAUGUGAGGGUUUCUGGCUCUGUGGUUCUCCCUGUUACCGUCUGCGGGUAUCUCAGCGGCUCUCAGCGGCAGAGAAAGCGGAGCGUCGGGCCGGCAGUCAGUUAGCAGCUAACCGAGCAGCAGAGCAGCUCUACCGGACGGAGCGCAGAGAUGAUCGCGCUGAUCAACAAACUCCUGGACUGGUUCAAGGCUCUGUUCUGGAAGGAGGAGAUGGAGCUGACCCUGGUGGGGUUGCAGUACUCCGGGAAGACCACCUUUGUUAAUGUGAUAGCGUCGGGUCAGUUCAGUGAAGACAUGAUCCCUACAGUGGGAUUCAACAUGAGGAAGAUUACCAAGGGCAACGUCACCAUCAAGCUGUGGGACAUCGGCGGCCAGCCGCGCUUCAGGAGCAUGUGGGAGCGUUACUGUCGAGGCGUCAGCGCCAUUGUGUACAUGGUGGAUGCAGCAGACCCAGAGAAGAUCGAAGCCUCCAAGAACGAACUGCACAACCUGCUGGAUAAACCACAGCUGCAGGGGAUUCCUGUUCUGGUUCUGGGCAAUAAAAGGGAUCUGGUUGGAGCUCUGGAUGAGAAGGAGCUGAUAGAGAGGAUGAACCUGUCGGCCAUCCAGGACAGAGAGAUCUGCUGCUACUCUAUCUCCUGCAAGGAGAAAGACAACAUCGACAUCACUCUCCAGUGGCUGAUCCAACACUCCAGGACUAAGAGGAGUUCCUGAGAAACGAUGCGACCCAAACAGAACAAGCCACGCCCACCAGACCGCCCUGCUCCUCCUCCCCCUCCCUCCCUCCCUCCUUCCUGUCUUCACCUAAACACCACUUCACCUCAUCUCCACAGCUCCAUGUGCCCUGAUCCCACCCUGCGAUGAUUCAUGUUGAGGUUCCAAACAUUCCUGGUUUUAUCCCAGGAAAAUAUGCUGCUGUUUUUCAGCAUUAAAGGAUUUUUUAAAAAACUUUAAAGCAAAUCCAGAAUCAACUAUUUCAGCCUCGUUUUAAUGGUAGCGGGACAAAACGAUACCGAUGUUUAUCUGUGAAAGCCUUUAAAUCUGCUGCUGAAGACAAGCAGUUUGAGAAGCUUCCAUCCAGCUUCUGAACAAUUGAUCGUCUCACCUGGAGUCUGUCUCAUCUCUGAGCUUUUAACAACACAGAGAUGCCUCACUCUGAGUGCAUAAUCAGUGCUGAAAUCACGGUUAAGAAUUGACAGAAAGAAUGCCGUUACGGAUCUGUGGAAACACCAGCACACUAACACAGCACAGACCUGCUGAUGUUUUUAUCACGAAGCAGCAGAUUUCAGAAAGAAUUCCCUGGAAAUUUAAGGUUUUUAAUUAGUCAGUUUAUAGAGUUUCAGAGCAGAAUCUGGUAUAUGUGAAAAUAAUCCGAACCCAGCAGCAGUUCCUCAAACCGAACUCCAGAGAGGCGUUACCGAUGAUCGUCCUCCCCUCCCUGUUUUCCUCCUCCCUCUCUACCUCCACAUCCUUCAUCCCUCCAUUCUUCCUAGGAAUCCCUUCCUCCGUCUGUCUCCUGCUCGUCCUCCUCUGGACAUCUGUCCUUUUCUUUCUGCUUCUCUGAUGUUUUGUCGCCUCGCCGUCUCUUCCUCCCGCUAAGCGAGGGAUUAAAACCUUUUUCUUAUUGCACUGUUGUUUUUGGUUUUGUAAGAUAUUAAUAAUAAGAAUAAUUUUAAUAAUCUAAUUGUGACCUAACCCUGAUGUGUGGUACUUUACCUGAAGGCCAUUGUAAUUGUUUCUGUCUGUAAUUAGAUUUUUAUUCAUGUUUGUUUUAUAUUGUUUUUUUAUUGUUUUAUGAUUUGUCUAACCGGAGUUCAGUGUUUCUUAUUGGACCAGCGGUGUCAUGUGAUCUCAUGGAACAUCUGCAUCAUGUUGAACUAAAUGAAGCUUGUAAUCACGUGUAAAAUUUUUAAUUUAAACUCUGAUUAUAAGACUAAACCUCU